GCGUACCUGCUAAAUAUUCCCAGCUGGAAUUGGAAGAGAGGAGAUGACUGCGUCUGUCUGGCGGAACUGAAGUUAGGUUUCUUAGCUCAGAGCUGCUUGGCUCCUGGUUUUUCAACGUUGAUGGCUAAUCUCUUUAGUAUGAGAUCCUAUAAGACGUUAAGUCCUGAUAUGCCACAGUGGCUGAAUGAUUACUUACGAGGCACCGGCAUGGAGAUGUACACGGAACUUCUCUCCAACUCAUUUGCAGGACUCACUUUUCCAGAAGCUGCUGAGUUGUGUUUCUUGAAGUUGAAGCUGCUGCUGAUCGCCAUCGAAGCUAGGCAGGAAGGCGCCGACGAGAGUUACAUCCUCAUCAACCCUAGGUACGACGUCAAACUCGAAUCCAACAUCAGGGGUUUCUUCAUUGCAGAGUCUGCUGAUGAAGUUAAGAGGUGA